CGACAGUGUCAGCAGCCUCCGCAGCAUAGACGCGGCGCUGCCGUUGAUAGCUGAAAACGCGCUUAAAAGCUACACGAUAUCACUAUAAAUCACAUUUGAUUUAAAUGACAUGGGAUAUGCAAGAAUGUGUUGCCCUAUCCUCCUGGGACUUGUGGAAAAUCCAGACGGCAAUGACUUUGUUACCCGCAGAUAGGGACAAAAUGGCACCACGAUAACCUUCCAGCAUGGAGAGGCAGACUGGAGAACCAUGUGAGCAUGAAUCUGAAGAGGGAGAGAAGGAAGGACCAGGACCUCCUUUAGAAGGAGCUGAAAAAGCCACCACUGAUGCUCCAGAUGGAGGCUGGGGCUGGGUGGUCCUACUUGCUACCAUCCUUGUCUUAGCGCUGACACUGGCCUUUCCCUCCUGCAUUGGCAUCUUCUAUGUAGAUCUUCAGACAGAAUUUGAAGCCAGCAACAGUGAGACAUCUUGGGUGCCAUCAAUAAUGAUAGCAGUUCUACAUGCUGGAGGUCCUCUUUGUAGUGUGCUGGUGAAACACUUCGGUUGCCGGGCGACAGUGAUGUUUGGGGGAGUGCUGAGUGGUGUGGGGAUGGCCAUCAGCUCUUUUACACGUUCUAUACUCGAGUUAUACAUCACUGCGGGGGUCAUAACAGGUCUGGGUUUCUGUUUGAGUUUUCAGCCUGCUGUUACCAUCCUCGGUUAUUACUUUGUGCGCCGUCGUCCUUUUGCCAAUGCUAUGUCCUCCACCGGCACUGCUCUGGGCCUGUCUACAUUGCCCUUUUUAGGUGACUACCUGCACAGUGAGCUGGGCUGGAGAGGGAGCUUUCUGGUUCUUGGUGCUGUGCUACUUAACUGCUGUGUUUGUGGGGCUGUUAUGAGACCACUGAAACCUCGCAAGCCCAGAAGAUCCAAGGGAAUGAAGAACGGCCCAAGAUCCCCAGACAAAAAAGGACUGAAAGAGAGCAUGCAGAGAAUGUUUCAGAGUUUAGCAUCCUUCCUCAGAUGCCACAUGGCUUUUGACCUGUUUGGUAGUAACCUGCGAUUUCGGGUCUUCUCCUUGGGCAUCACCUGGAUGAUGCUGGGGUUCGUGGUGCCGCUUAUUUACCUGGUUCCCUAUGCUACAGCCAAUGGCAUGGAUCAGAGCCGAGCCGCCCUGCUGCUGUCCAUCCUGGGCUUUGUCAACAUCUUUGUGCGGCCUCCCAUCGGAGUGCUCUUCAGCCUGCCCUGGUUCAAAGGCCGACACAUCUACGUGUUCUCAGUGGCACUGUUCAUAAAUGGACUCAGUAAUAGUAUUUGCUGCAUUGCUGCCAGUUUCCCAGUGCUCUUAAUAUAUGUGCUGACUUACGGGCUGUCUAUGAGCGUGAUUGGCUCGUUGAUGUUCACCGUACUAAUGGACACGGUUGAGAUGAGUCGAUUCCCAUCUGCUCUCGGCCUGCUGUCUAUCAUGGAAAGCGUCACGCUGCUGAUUGGGCCUCCUCUUGCAGGAAGCCUCGUGGACAGAACUGGCUUGUACACAUUUGUGUUUCUGGCUUGCAGUAUCUCAGUGGCCUUAUCAGCUCUGUUCCUAAUGAUUUCCUUUUACUGGCUGGACUGCCAUGAUGCAGCCCAGAAGGACAAUUCACUAGCUUCUGGGUCUCCAGCUAAGCCUGCAGUUAUUCUGCCCACAGUACAGUACUGCAGUGUGCCUACAGAUGGGGACAAGACGAAUGACCCGUCUUCAGAGACAGAAAAUAUCACUGAUAUAUGACCUGCAUCAGAAUCAGACUGGGUUUAUUCAUGUUUAAAUUGUUAUCUAUAUCAGGUGUGUUACAGCUCAUGAAAAUGUAUUUGUAUGUAUACAUUGAAAAUAAUUUUAUUCCGUUUCUUAGUAACACAAAAUGUGUUGUUUUUUAAUAUAUCGUUUCAGUGAGUGUCAAACUCAUUACUGUAUGACACUGUAACGCUUUUGUAAAUGUUCUGGUCUAGUGAGUUAAACUCAUGAUCUCAUGUCACUGGAAUGCCUUGUGGUAUCUAUAUGCCAUAGUACUAUAAUGCCAUCUUUUUGGUUUACUGUAAAUUAAAGGUGCUGUAUGUGACUUUUUAAUACCAUGACAUUACUAACUGACAGAUAUGACCGAAAUAGGUGUACUGAGAAAUCUCACCUGUCUCUGUGACAGCCCUAGACUCUGCAAACAGCAAAAAAAAAAAGAGUCAGGUGAGUGCUUUCUAAGCCAAUCAGAAAAUGCUAUCUGCCUUUUAUGUGUUUGUGUUUGUUACGUGUUUUUGGAGUGCAGAGUGGUUUACAGGUUCAUCCAAUUCAGGCCCCAGUCAUCACUAAAUCACUGUGAAAUCACUUAUAGCAGCUUUAAAUAUUAUAAAAUGUACCUUCAUACCUUGAGAACAUUGAAGCUAUUAGUCAGGAAUCCAUCAUAGCUGAUUUGUUUCAUGCCAUGCCUAUGAAAUCUACACUCAACAUCUCAAUAUCUACAUAACUAUAUUUCAAGUUUUUAGCAGACUCUAUUGUUUUUUUCUCAGUUUUAUCACAAUACAAUAUAUUAUGCAUUGUAUCAUAAGCUCCAUACACUGAAAGACAUGCAUUCACUGUUUAAAAAUGAUUGUUCUCUUUAUGAUUUACCUUUACCCAUUAUAUUGCCAAAGUGUCAGAAAAGAGAUUGUUUGAUGAAUUAGGAGAAAAUCUAAUUAAGUUAUGUUUUAGUAAAGUUAUUAAAUGGCUAAAGCUACAGGACUGUGCAAAAAAUGUAGGCAGUAGUGAAAAGUGUUGUAAAUGGAGGAUGUUUAAAAAAAUAUUGGCAUAAUUUUUAUUUAUCAAUUAACUUGUGACCUUACAGUGUGUUU